AUGGAUAGGAUCAGUAAUCUAACGGAUGACUUGCUCUUGAAGAUUGUUUCAUCACUUCCUACCAAACAUGUAGUAGCGACGAUGCUCUUGUCAAACAGAUGGAAGUCUAUUUGGACGAUGCUUCCAAAACUCGAUUUUGAUUAUGGUUCGGAUCUCGAGCCUUCCCAAUAUGGAAAGUUCAUCAAGUACGUGGACAGGUCAUUGGUCUUGAAUAGAGCUCCGGUUCUAGAAACGUUGAAGUUCAAAGUUGGUCCUUAUUGCAGCUCUGAAGAUCUGGUAACAUGGAUCAGAAUCGGAAUGGUUCGCCAUUUCCGUGAGCUUGAAAUCUCUGAGCGUACAGUAAAUUACGAUAGCAAGAUCGUAUUGCCAAAGAGUCUUUAUACUUAUGCGAAGCCGGAGGUCUUGAAACUCAUUUACGUUUCUGUUCUUGAUGUUCCUGAUGAUUAUUGUUUUCCGUCCUUGAAAACAUUAUUACACCUUGUGUGUGUAACGUACGGAACAGAUGCAUCUUACCGUAAGAUUUUAUCAAGCUGUCCCGUUCUUGAAGAGUUUGUGUUGGACAAAACUGAAAACUGCUUCUUCAUGACAUCCUUCUCUGUCGAUAUGCCUGCCUUACAAAGAUUGUCUAUACGUGAUAGAUGUGAUACAUCAGUACACGACAGGGAUGGUGGAGUUCAUACGGUUGUGAUCAAUGCGCCGUCUUUGAAGUACUUGAACUUUGUAGAUUUCUGCGGUGACUUGUGUUUGUCUGGGAAUAUGCCUGAGGUGGUUGUUGCAAAUGUUGACGUUAUUUACGAAAGUGCCCCAAAGCUGCUGGAAUGUCUGUCAUCAUCAGUCAAGCGCCUCUCCUUAUAUCUAUCCAAAACAACGUUUACGCACCGCUUUGGAUUUGAUCAUCUUCUUCAUUUGGUGCUAUGUGGAGGUACACCACAGUGGUGGGAUCUGAUGGUUUGGUUGUUGGAAACUUCUCCUAAGCUACAAGUUCUCAAGAUCUGCUCGGCGUCCAACGAUGGCACUUGUGGCAUACUCUCCAUUGAUGAGUGGGGAGAACCAAGGUCAGUUCCUGAAUGUUUAAUGUUCCAUCUACAUACUUUCAAGUGCGAGUAUUUCGAGAUAAGAGACGAUGAGACGAAAUUAGUGGAGUACAUCUUGGAGAACGCAAGACUGUUGAAGACUGCAUGUAUCACCGUGGAGAAUUGGAAUUCAGAGAUAGAGCGAUCUGAUAAAAUCGAUGAGUUGGUUUCUAUUCGUAGAGCUUCAAGCUCAUGUCAGCUUACGCUGAAUGGAGAAAAGCUUGUUCAGUAA